AACGUUACUUAUAAAGCUGAAUCGCCAUCAAGCUCGGUGGUUGAGCUACUCGCUGAUUACAGCUGCAAGAUCUUUUCCGGCCUGGAAAGGUUCAAGGACUCCCAGACGCGCUUUCUUGUUGAAAACAUCUCAGCUUAAGGCUAGGGGAUGCUCACCUGUCGGAUCAUGUCAGACUAUUGCCAGAGACCAAUCAAGUGAUUAUGAAUGAUAUUCGAACGCGAGCUCAUGUCAGGACUUUGGCAGACGAGUUGCUUGCGCAACUUGCCAUUGCUGACGAUUCUCACGCUGAGGCCCGGACAGUCUUGGAGGAACUCAACGACUCAACCCUCCAGGAUUUGGACGAUAGUUACCCCUUGGCCGAUAGCAGGAUCUAUCACGAUGACAAGAUCUACAUUCUUGACAGCAAGAAGGAGCUCCCACUCUCAUUAUUACGACAAGAUCACGCCUCUAUCUUGGUCGGACACUGGGAUGUUGGCAAAACCUUUGUGCUUCUUCCACGACAUACUUCUGGUCCGGCAUACGGCUUCAUGUGAAGCAGUACGUGCGCACUGUGUGACACGUACGCGUGUGCACGCGAUACGGCAAAUCGAUGUAAUGCCUUUGGCAAGCACUCCACUUCCUCUUCAGACACGCCAUGGUCUGCUAUCUCCUUCAUCUCUUACGUCGAGGCUACUGAUUCAUUUUCCUUGCAAAGACCUUCAUGAAUCGCAUUGUCCUGGAUUCUGGCCUCCCAACGUUCAUUGUUUCUGACCGUGGUUUCAUCUUUACGUCAAAUUCUGGCAGUCACUGUUCCUCAGCAUGAUGGUCAGAGUGAACGUGCUGACUUGUUACUCGAACAGCUUCUGUGAUGCUACACCAAUCACACCAAGGCAAUUGGUGUUUCCUUCGGUA